AUGGCGCUGAUUAUCGAAAGCAUUGCAGAUACAGUAGUCAACUACGCCGUAUACAUUUUCCCAGCACUGGUGGUUCUCUAUCUGUCCCGGAACUAUUUCUAUAAUAGACUGAACAAGUACCCAGGCCCGGUUCUGGCUCGGUUCUCGAAUCUGUGGCGUUUUAUUGAUGUGUACCACCGGAGACCGGAUAUCACGCACCUGUCUCUGCAUCGCAAGUAUGGCGACAUUGUUAGGCUAGGACCGGAUACCUUGUCGUUUGCGGAUCCGGCUGCUAUUAAGACGAUUUAUGGUUUGAAUAAGGGGUUUGUCAAGUCCAAAUUCUACCCAGUCCAAAUGACUACAUCAAAAGGCCAGCCCUUGCCUUCUCUCUUCUCGACUCUAGAUGAGCCGUUCCAUGCAAACCUGCGCCGAUCUGUCAACAAUGCUUUUUCCAUGACCUCGCUAGUCCAGUACGAGCCCAUGGUCGACGACACGGCACAGGUGUUUCUCGACCAAACGGCAAAACUGUACGCAGGCGACGGCAAGGUGUGCGAUUUUGCGCGCUGGCUGCAGUUCUUUGCCUUUGAUGUGAUUGGUAGUAUCACAUAUAGCAAGCGACACGGCUUUCUUGAGAAUAAUCAAGAUGUCGAGGGUAUCGUCAAAUCGCUUGCCCGCAUCUUUGACUACUCCGGCCCCGUCGGACAAAUGCCCUGGCUGGACCGCCUGUGCUGGAAGAACCCCAUCUUUGACGUUUUACAAAAAUGGGGGCUUGUCGACAACUCGCAUCCAGUCGCAGUGUUUGCCCGCCAGCGAAUGCAAGAACGCAUGUCGGCCGUGGGUGAAAAGACGUCGACGCAAUCUGGGUAUAAAGAAGAUCUUCUCACCAUGUUCCUCAAGGCCCGCGAUGCCCGUCCAGAUUUCAUGACCGAGACGCGCGUGCUCACCAUGACGGCGUCCAUGGCCUUUGCCGGCUCCGAGACAACAGCCAUCAGCAUCGCCGCGGUCUUCUACUACCUCCUAAAGAAUCCGUCAUGCAUGGCACGCGUGCAGCAGGAGAUUGACGCUGCCGUGCGCGCCGGCACGAUUGAGAACAGGCCAACAGGCCUAGUGUCUUGGACCGAGUCGCAGAAACUGCCGUAUCUGGAUGCCUGCAUAAAGGAAGCCUUUCGCAUGCACCCAGCAGCUGGCCUGCCACUAGAACGAGUGGUUCCACCAUCGGGCAUUGAUAUCAACGGCGAAUUUAUCCCCGGUGGGACGAUUGUGGGAUGCAACGCCUGGGUGAUUCACCGCCGUGAGGAGAUUUUUGGUUCAGAUGUCGACUCGUAUAAUCCAGACCGGUGGCUGACAGCAUCGGAAACUGCGGUCAAAACGAUGAAUGCGACGAUGUUUCAGUUUGGCGCAGGAAGUCGGACGUGCAUUGGCAAGAAUAUCUCGCUGAUGGAAAUUUACAAGAUUGUGCCCAGUUUUUUGAGGAGGUUUGAAGUCAACCUUGCGUAUCCCGAUCAGGAGUGGAAGCUGUGGAAUGCCUGGUUUGUGAGGCAGCUCAACUUUAAUACUGGCUUCAAAGAACGAGACAUGCGCAUUGUGUAG